AUGAAUUUUUUAAAAAAAUCAUUAUAUAAUAAUGGUUUAAUUUAUAAUAGGAAUAAUAAUUAUUCAUUAUUUUCAAUAAAUAGAUUAUUUAAUAAUAAUAGUACAAUUGUUUCACCAUUAAAUUUAGCAAAUGAAUUUUUUACAAAAAGAGAAUCUAAAAAAAAGUUACAGAAAAUGUCAAUGAAAAAACAAAAUUCAAAUGAUAGAGUUAAAGGUUCAAAAAAGAAUCAAAAUGAAAAACCACAAAAAAAAGAACACACAUUAAAAAAACAUCGUAAAAUUAAUAUGGAAUUAGAAAGAAUUGAAAAAUUAACAAACGAAGAAAAUGACAAUAAAAAUAAAAAUAAAAAUAAAUAUAAUAAAAAAGAUAAAUCAGAUAAUAAAAAGAAAAAUUUAUUAAAUAAUAAUGUAAAUAAUAAAAUUACAACAAGAAAAUAUAUGCCACCACCAUUAACAGUACCAGAUUCCUUUAUAUCCCGAAAGAGCGAGGAGGAGUUAAAAAAAGAAGAUGCAGUUAACAAAGUAAAUUUAUUAUUGGAAAAGGAUGAAGCAGUACCAUCAGAACACAAAAGAGUAAAAUACUAUGUAACCAGGGAUAUGGAAGGUAUGCGUGUUGAUAGAUGGAUCAGUCACAAGUUACCAAUUUUACCACAUUCACUAGUUUGCAAAUGGUUAAGAAAUAAAAUUAUAUAUAAAGAAAAUGAAGAGUUCAAACAAAAUUCAACUAGUGAAUUAAAAAGACACAAAAUGAAGUUUAAUGAUAAAGUCGAGGUUGGUAGUUGGAUCUAUUUCCCAUCGCAGGCCUUAUUAGAUCAACACAUGGCCGAUAUUAACGAACCAACCAAAUAUACAAGAUUAAGCGAUGAUGAAAUCAAAGAAAUUAAAGAAAGUGUAUUAUAUAAAGAUGAGCAUUUAUUGGUUUUAAAUAAGCCACAGGGUCUUUCGGUUCAAGGUGGCUCAGGUUUAAAGAAGCAUUUAGAUAUGAUGUUAAACCAUCUAAGAUUUGAAAAAUCUGAAAAUCCAAAACUAGUUCAUCGUCUCGAUAAAGCAACCAGUGGUAUUUUAAUUUUAGGUAGAUCAAGGUUAGCAGCAACAGCAAUGGCAGAAAAGUUUGAAUUAAAAUUAGUGAGUAGCAAAAAGAAAGAAAAAGAAAAGUUUAAUAAAGAUAACGAAAGAGAAAACAAAAAGAAUUCAUCAAAAAAGAAAAAAGAUACCAAGGAUGAAGAAAUUGACGAUGAUGAAGAUUUAGAAAAUAAAGGAAUUAAAAAGACUUAUUGGGCAUUGAUUGCAGGUGCACCCAAACCAAGAGAGGGUAGAAUCAGGGCACCAUUAAAAAAAGUUAUGAUUGGAGGUGAGGAGAAAGUCAUACCAGCUUUGAAGAUCGGUGACGGUGCUAAAUUAGCAAUUACAGAAUAUAAAGUAAUUCAAAGCUCAUUAGACAAUCAAUCAUUUGUAGCUUUGUGGCCAGAAACUGGUCGUACCCAUCAAUUAAGGGUACAUUGUGCAUCAGUAUUAAAUGCACCAAUUAUUGGUGACACUAAAUAUGGUAACAAGCUAGUAAACGAAAGUAUUAAAACUUUUCUUAAUAGUGCAUCAUCAUCAUUAAAAUUGCAUUUACAUGCAAGAAGAAUUCAAUUUAUUCAUCCAUUCACAAAUAAACCAAUCGAUAUUAUUGCACCAUUACCACCAUCAUUAAAAGAAAGUUGGAAGAAGUUUGGUUUCAAUUAUAAAAUUGAUGAUAAUUCAACUUAA